AUGUUGUUCAAGUCUCUCUCAACGUUAGCCACCGCUGCCGCUUUCCUUGCCGGUGUUGCAACUGCUGACGAUGUUCCAGCAAUUGAAGUUGUUGGUAACAAGUUCUUUUACUCCAACAAUGGUAGUCAAUUUUACAUCAAAGGUGUUGCUUACCAAGCUGACACUGUCAACACAACCUCCGGUGCCACUAUCAACGAUCCUUUGGCCGAUUACGAUAGCUGUUCCAGAGAUAUUCCUUACUUGAAGAAAUUGGACACCAACGUUAUUCGUGUCUACGCUAUCAACACCUCUCUAGAUCACACUAAAUGUAUGGAAGCACUAAACGAUGCUGAAAUCUACGUCAUUGCUGAUUUGUCAGCUCCAAAGACUUCCAUUAAUAGACUAAGCCCUUCCUGGACUGUUGACUUGUUCAACAGUUACAAGGAAGUUGUUGACUCUUUUGCUAACUACACUAACGUUUUGGGUUUCUUUGCUGGUAACGAAGUUACUAACAACUACACUAACACAGACGCAUCUGCUUUCGUUAAGGCUGCUAUUAGGGACACCAGAGAUUAUAUUAGUGAGAAAAAAUACAGAAGUAUCCCAGUCGGUUACUCUUCUAACGACGACGAAGAUACCAGAGUUAAAAUGGCUGAUUACUUUGCCUGUGGUGACAAUGAUGUUAAGGCUGAUUUCUACGGUAUUAACAUGUACGAAUGGUGUGGUAAAUCUGAUUUCAAGACUUCUGGUUAUCAAGAUAGAACUGCAGAAUUCAAGAACUUGUCUAUCCCAGUUUUCUUCUCUGAGUACGGUUGUAACGAGGUUUCGCCAAGACUAUUUACUGAAGUCCAAGCUUUAUACGGCUCUAAUAUGACUGAUGUCUGGUCUGGUGGUAUUGUCUACAUGUAUUUCCAAGAAACCAACGACUACGGUUUGGUUAGUAUUGACGGCAGUGAUGUUAAGACUUUGGACGAUUUCAACAACUACUCUUCGGAAAUCAACAAGAUUUCUCCAACUUCAGCCAACACUAAAUCUUACACUGCAACCACUAGUGAUGUUGCUUGUCCAGCUACUGGUAAGUAUUGGUCUGUUGCAACCAGCUUGCCACCAACUCCAAACGGAGGCUUGUGUUCUUGUAUGAAUGCUGCCAACAGUUGUGUUGUUUCUGACGAUGUUGACUCUGAUGACUACGAAGCACUAUUCAAUUAUAUCUGCAAUGAAGUUAAAUGUGAUGGUAUUACUGCAAACGGUACAACUGGUGAGUACGGUGCCUACUCAUUCUGUACUCCAAAGGAACAAUUAUCUUUUGUUAUGAACUUAUACUAUGAAGCCCAAGGUGGCUCGAAGUCUAACUGUGACUUCAGUGGUUCCGCUUCCUUACAAACUGCUACCACUCAAUCCAGUUGUUCUGCUGCCUUGAGUCAAAUUGGAAGUAUGGGUACCAACUCCGCUUCCGGUAGUGCUGAUUUGGGCUCUGGUACUGAAACCAGCACUGGCUCUGCUAAAAGUUCUGGUGCUUCUGGUAAGUCCAGCUCGGGUUCUUCUACCUCUUCUUCUUCCUCUUCUUCAGCAUCUUCCUCUUCUACCAAGAAGAGUGCGGCUAACAACGUUAAAGUUAACUUGGCGCAGGUUGUUUUCACUUCCGUCAUUUCCUUAUCCAUCGCCGCUGGUGUUGGUUUUGCUUUAGCCUAA